GCGAUCAUGCGUCCUCACGGGUAUACCACAGUCACAGAUCUAAUACGUUUGGAAUGGCAGGUGUGUAAUCUUUGUAAAGAUAUAAUGAGGAAACCGAAACCUAGGAAGAGUUCCUCGUCGACAAUAAGAUGGAUACUACUGACAUUGCUGCUGGUCGCUGUGUGGGGUCUGUUUGCGACAAACAUGUUCGAGGUCCUAGUAUCAGGCAAGGUCAUCUCGUUAAGACUCUUAAGAAAUCAUCUUUCACGUGCAUGCACGAGCGACGAACUGACGUCAUUAGUGUACGACAUGUCGCCAUUAAAAGAUGACAAGGCGACGUUUUCCGAAACGGAACUGGCUCGGAUAAAAGCUUGUAACAGAUCGGCAGACACACAAAGAAAACACGGGAACAAGAAGACCAAAAUGUUUAAACCAGUUCGCUGGACAUCACACACAUACCUUGACAACGGGAGUACUGUUGUUGAACUCGGCGGGUAUAUGGGAGACGAUAUCGAGAACCUACUAUCCCGGUUCACACCCAGACGUUACAUAGUCGUUGAACCCGUGUAUGUUUUCUACAAGAAGCUUGUUGAAAGAUUCAAACAUGUUCCAAAUGUCUUGAUCUAUCAUUUUGGUAUUGGAGAUAAAAAUGAUAGAACAACUGUGAGCAUGCGCCGUGACGGCACUUCAAGUUUUAACACGAAAGAGGGGGGUGUUGAUAUUCGUCUCGUUAGUGCUCAAAGCUUUUUUCUUGGAAUCGGAGUGGGUUUUUUCGAUGUGGAUCUACUAACUAUGAACUGUGAGGGAUGUGAAUUCGCUGUGCUCGAUUUUCUUCUGAGUACAAAUUUGAUAAAUAAUAUAAGGAACAUUCAGUUCCAGCCGCAUAAAAUAGAACAAGUUAAAGAUUCUGUUUAUAAAUACUGUGAAUACCACGAGCGCUUAAAACGAACUCACGAUGUUGUGUUCCGACACCCGUUCUGGUGGGAAAGUUGGACUUUGAAAUACAAACGUCUACCGAAUAUAUUUGAUGACAUUACAAACAACUCUACUCUAAUGGAUGAAAUCCUCAGUUAACAUGUUUUGUUUAUAUCUAAUUUACACGUGUUUACAUGAAAUAUAUUUACAAAUAAAUAGUUACUUUUUUCUUAAAUUAUCUUUAAAAUUUAAAAAAAGGAAAAAAAAUGAAAAAAAAAAUCAAGUGGUUUCCUGUGAAUAAUGGAGUCAGAGUUUACUGGAAAUGAACAAUACGCUUAGCAAAUGACACAUGUAACAGUUGAAAUGAGAAUCGAAAUAUAUUCAUCUGUCAGGACCUCUAAUACUAUAUCCAUUUAAAUGGAUCGUUUGCCGUUCUUUGUAUAAUAUAUAUAUAUAUUGGCCUUGUGGUAGGGAUCAAUCAUGUUUCACGAAAGUGAAUUAUUGAUCUCGGGGAAACAAAUCUUAGUUUCUGGACCAAAAUCAUCAGGAUUCUAACAGUCAAUGGUGCUUAGAGUAAGAACACUGUCUAGGAUACGUAGAAGGAGAAGUUAAUUUUGGUCUGGGACUUAUAUUUAACAAACAAAAAAACGAGCUGAUUGCGGACUUUUAAAUUUAAAUUUAA